AUGAAGUUUUGUUUUCAGAUUUGUAGGUUUUGCUGGCAUCGUCUGCUUACGGAUGAAAACGGUCUCUGCCCUGCUUGUCGGCAACCGUAUCCGGAGGAUCCUGUUACAUUCAAGCCAUUGUCGUGCGCGGAUGUUCAACGGAUUAAGGAUGAGAAGCGGUUAAAGCAGCAGGCUGAGAAGCUGCGAAUUUCUGAAUCACGGAAUCAUCUAGCUAAUUACAGAGUUUUACAGAAGAACUUGGUAUAUGUUGUGGGACUAUCUCCGCGUGUGGCCGAUCCAGACACGUUGCGGAAACCGGAGUAUUUUGGGAGGUUUGGGAAGAUUCUCAAGGUUGUGGUUGGUACGGCGCCUACUGCUAACCACCCUCAUGCACAACCUAGUCAUACCGCUUAUGUGACGUAUAGCAAGGUCGAAGAAGCUUUGAGAGCUAUACAGGCUGUUUGUAAUGCUCAACUAGAUGGUCGAAUAGUGAAGGCCUCGUUGGGUACAACGAAAUAUUGCUCUUCUUUUUUACGGAGUCAGAAAUGCUUCAAACCGGAAUGUAUGUACUUACAUGAAAUAGCUGAUAGUGAUAUCAGUUUCACAAAAGAGGAUAUGCACAUGGGCAAGCACGCUGAAUACGAGAGGAGGUUGAUAGAUACGGUAUUGAAUCGAUCAUUAGCACAGCCGCAAGAGAAGCGAACCCAACCGUGGGGUUCGAAUAAGAAUAAUAUAUGUUGGGAACAGAAUGGCAGCGAAACGAGUGAAGAAGCUGAUCAUGGGCGAGACGGGGGAUAUAAUGGUGGUGAUGAGUCACCAUCCGGUGAUCCGACGCCAUCUGAAGCAUUCGGAUCUCGGGAACGGCGGUCUUCCACCCAAGAUAAGGAGAAUAUCCCGAAACGUGGCAAAGUCAAACAGACUACAGCAUCGCCUGCUCGUUAUACCUCCGGCCGGAUCAACGCCACCAUCUUCAUCACCACCGCGAGAACCGACGCCACCUUCCUUGGUAUGAUUAUAAAACUCCUCAGCCCGAGCCCGUUUCUGAAGCGAAGCCGCCGUCGUCGAGAACUGUGGAGCAGUCAAAGCCAUUCAAUUCUAUUUAUAAUCAAGAUACAGAGUCCAAGUUACUGCGGUUAUUAUGUGGUAAGUGAAGAUAACGGGACAGGUAUGGUCCCGGCACCUGCACCCGUCAGUGAGGCGCCGGCUCCUCUUGUAAAUUGGCAGACAUUGCUGGGUCUUUCUCCGCAAGCUGCAGCCGGUAAUAACACGACACCGACAUCUUAUGCUUCUUCCACGCUACAUCCGCCGACUACACCACAGAAAUCACUGGUCUCAACGCCACCGCCAGGUAAAUGA